CGAACUCCGGGCGCACAGUCCGCUUCAGAACGACGGGGAGAAAAGAGAGCACAAAAGAAUAGUUUGCCUUAACAUGAAGCUAUUUUGCUGCUAUUCUCUGUCUGGAGUUUGAAAUAGGACUAUACGACGCGUGCACAUCCACGGACCGACUAGUCUUAUGUUAUUUUAAUGCUACCGAUAGAGGUUUCGGAAGGAGUGUGUUUCACCUCAAGCGAACACGACGAAGGAAGGAGGGCCGGGAUGAAAACAGAGGAGACCCAAUCAUGUCUUCAGCAGCCUCCAGCCUCCACGCCAUUCGGUUCGGAACACAGGGGCGGAGGGGGCGAGGUGUGUGCGGGGUGUGAGUCGCCCAUUGCCGACCGCUUCCUGCUGCGUGUCAACGAGCGCUCGUGGCAUGAGACCUGCGUCAAGUGUGCGGUGUGUCUGAGUGCACUCAAUGGGACAUGCUACUGCAGAGACCGUCUGCUCUAUUGCAAGCAUGACUACGAAAAGCUGUUUGUCAGGAAGUGCAGUGCGUGCCUGCAGGUGAUUGGCCGCUCAGAGCUGAUCAUGCGUGUGCUGGGGCAGGUGUACCACCUGGGCUGUUUCAGCUGCUGUGAGUGUGAGCGCCGGCUGCAGCGCGGGGACGAGUUUGUCCUGAAGGAGGGCCAGUUGCUCUGCAGAGGAGACUACGAGAAGGAGAGAGAGAUGCUGGCUGCCAUCAGCCCCACACCCACUGAGUCAGUGAAGAGUGAGGAUGAGGAUGGUGGGGGCGGUUCUGUAGGGGGGAAGGGCGGCGAAGGGAAGGACCACAAACGGUCAAAGCGACCACGCACCAUCUUGACCACACAGCAGCGCAGAGCUUUCAAGGCCUCCUUCGAGGUGUCCUCCAAACCUUGCAGAAAGGUGAGAGAGACACUGGCAGCUGAGACCGGGUUGACAGUUCGAGUCGUGCAAGUGUGGUUCCAAAACCAGAGAGCAAAGACGGUUCGAGUGGUCAUGGAUUGGAAGGUCUGUUGGCGUACCCUUCGUUACCACGACAGCAGCUACUGGCUCUGGACCCCAACAUCUACGGAGGAGAGCCGUUCCGCCAUGGCCUCACCCCUCCUCAGCUGGGCUCUGAACAUCUUCACUCCUACGAUUCAGAGACUGUGUUCCACGAUCUGGACAGCGACGGGAGCCUCAGUCACCUCGGCGACUGUCUUCUGGCAGCGGCAGAUGGUGGGCUCCUGGCGGGGCGGGUGGGAAACCCCAUCGACCGCCUCUACUCCAUGCAGAACUCCUACUUCACAUCCUGACCCCUCACCCUUGACCCCUGACUCACUCCACCAAUCACCACUCAGAGAAGCAGCUAAUGACCGGUUAUCCUACAAGGCCCAGAAGGUCAUCAUACCAAACAUGCUUGAGCUGGGUCCAUAUCCAUAUCUGACCGGGCUUAUUGUACCUUACCAAGUAAAAUCAUAAUAGUAAACACCUGGGUCAUGUUCAGUAGGGCGGAAAACGUUGGGAGUGAAACGGGGAGGUACUACCUUCAUUUGUCCACUAAGAACACAUUUUUCCAUACCAAACACGACCCAGGUAGCCAUUUAAGAUCUCAACUAUGACUUAGGCCGUGUCCGAAGUCUGGCUUGCCCAUUACUUACUUAAACUGCAUACUGUGUACUAAUUGUAUUACAUACUAUUUUGAACGUUCGGUUUAGUACAAACGUAUGCAGUAAGCAACAAACAUCAAAGUACUACUCAUCCAUACUGAGAAGGCGUCAUCGAAUGCGCAGUUCGCUCUUGUUCCCCGCCAUUCUUACAUUUUUUGCAGAGAGCCUCCCCUAUUCUGAUAAUCAGUUGUUGUUGAACACGCGGGUGUGAAAAGACGAUGAUCUUCCUCAAUAGUGCCCAGUGAAUUCUACUUAGAUGAAAGGCCAAAAUGAGUAUGACAUCCGGGCAUUUAAAGUAUACUAGAUCUUCAAGAUUUCACAUACUAUGAAACUUUUUUUCACAUACUCAAACGGCCUACUAUUUAGGAUGCAAGUAUGGGUAUUCGGACACGGCCACACUCUUUUGCUUGAUCCCAACAUCCUCCCUGUAGCAGACAGAUGUGAAAUCCUAUUAACAACAUACUUGAUCAAAUACUCUCUCAUUUGUUUCAUAUAAGAGGGACUAUUCCAUUGGUCCGUUGCUCCAGGCAAGCUCAAAUCAAGGGCAGCUAAAAUAUUUCAAAGAAAAGAAAAUACUAUUUGAACCCAGGUCUGUCAGGUCUGUGUGUUUGUGAGUCAGAAACCUAUGUUACUUAUUAGGUUGCUAAUGAAUGGGGAGUGUUUCAUUCAUUAGCUCAGGAUCUGACCUGCUUGUUGUGCCCACACGGUUAGGGAGUCUUCUUGGCAGCAGGGUUAAGGAGCAGAGUGAAGACACAUACCAGAGAGGUUACAGCAGGCUUGGGGCAGAGCUGCCUCCAGAACAUGAUUCAACCCAAAAAGCGUUGUAUUGGAGAUGGCCACUGGUUCAUAGCGUGGAUGGGGUCAAUUCAGUCAAAUCAAAAAGUGAAUGGGAGUUCAGCCUAAAUGAAUGACUGGAAUAAAGGUACUGGGUGGAUUUGGAGGAACAUUGGAGAGAUAGAUUUCAUAAGAGGUCGAUAUGAGUUGAAGGGUGCAGAGUUGCACGCUCGAUUUGUUUGGGAAUGAGUGAAACAAGUGGGUUAGGUAACUUAGGUCUAGAGUUUGCUCUCAGGUUAGUGUGUCGGUUAGGGUUUUUAGCAAUGUUAUACGGGAAAUGAUUUACAAAUCCCUGUAACCCGAUUAGUUCACAUUAGUCAACAUAGUGAAAGGAGAUGUGUAGACCGUAGAUAACAUCAGGGUCCUAUAGAGUAGUGUUUCUCAAUCUUGGCCCUGGGGACCUAAAGGGGUGCACAUUGAAAAGAGAGCGAAAGAAGAAAGAAACAAUGUUAUGCCUGGUCUGCUUACCUUUCUGCAUGGUUCGGAGGACGCCUCGAAGGAGGCCUUGAAAGCUCUGCGCUGCUGUGUGGUCAAGAUGGUGCGUUGUCAGGUGCGAAAGGCAAAAACAAAAAUGUACCCUCCUUUUGGGGCCACAGGACCAGGAUUGAGAAACACCACUAUAAAGUAGACUAACAGGGUCAUUCAGAGAACCUUAUAAAGGAAACAGGGUUGUGUAAAGUGUAACGCUUUCAUGUAGCUCUGGCUCAGGGUUUUAUGUGGGGUUUGCUUGGGAAUGCUCAGCAUCAGCAAGCCAUUUGUAACACCCUGGAGCAAAGCUAGCGUUCGUGUAACUAUUUCUUUAAUACUGUGAAGUAUUCACUAAAAGGUGCAGGAGUUUGUCCUGGGCUGGAAAAACACUAAGCCCUAAACGAAAAUGUAGAAGUUGAAUAUUAAUUGGUGUGUAAAACAUAAGUAAAAAGUAUGUUUAGGCCCAGGAGUUUUUCCUGUUCAGGUCACGUGGUCAGGAAAACUACUGGCCCUAGCGACGAUAAACAAGUAUGUGUUCCAAUGUAAAAUAAUUGUGUUAAUAUUAUUGUUGUUACAAUGAAUACUACAGUACUACUAUAGGUAUAAUCACUGUAAUUUAUCUUUGAUCGAAAACACCUUACAAUAGACGUUGUUCAAUAUUUUGUACUCUUAUGGUUAAGUAUUUAUGUUGUAGCAUGAGCUGUGUGUGCCACACUUUCAAAAUGUAAAUAAUUAUUACUAUGAACAUAGCACUGAUGACAGUAUUUUCCUAUAGCUUAUACCCACACUGGGACCAUCUUGUGGAGUCCACUUCCUAUAUGAUUUCUCAUAAUUGACUGAUGAUAUAUAUUUUUUACAGUAUAGUAUUUACGUGGAUAUAAUUUAUUGUGUGAUACAUUUCUCUGGAAGGUAUGAGAAAUUCUUAAUCUUAGAUUCUGUCUGAAAGAUAUUGUUCCAAGUUUUUGUUCUGUGACCUCUUCCAUUGUGUACUUUUUGAGUGUAAUGUCGCGUUUCGUCAAUAUAACCUGUCAAUUCAGAGUCUGACUAAAUAUGCCU